ACAGCUCCUUCCGUAAACGUCACAGUGGCGGGAAGCAUUAGCUCCUUCGUAAGGCACAGCAAAAGCUAUAUUUUAAACAAAUAUUUUACUUAUUAUACUUUGAAACAGACGACAGCGCAAGUCACUGACUGAGUGUACUAAACAUAAAAAUACCUUUACUUGUAGCUGGGAUGUCUACUUCAUCUGUGUCAAAGGGCUGUUUUGUUUUCAAGCCAAGUGCUAAGAAGAAAAAGACACUCAGUUUGGAGGAUCAUUUCACCCAUGGCUGUGAAGGUGCUGAGAACAGUGAAAUACGAUUCAAACUUUGUCAAGAUCUGUGGGACAAAAUUAAAACAGACACAGAGAUUUUACAGGAUGAACUCAACAGGAAAAUCUUGGACAGUUUGCUGGACUUCACGAGGAAGUGCUCUUCCACCCGCCAACACAGUGACUGGGCAUCACAGAUGAGGGCCAGUGAGAUUCCCACAGCGGCUCUUGUGCUUGGUGUGAAUGUCCCGGACCAUGACAUGACCUUCCAAAGUCUGUCUGACCUGCUCCAGCAGUCUGUCAGUCCUCAUGUGGCCUCUGUACAGGCCAAAGAGUGCGGUGCAUUGAAGCAUUUGAUGAAGAGGGUCCUGGAGAGGUUGAUGGACACUGCUGUGACUGUGGAUGAUGAGGAAGAGGAGGAGGCUGAGCAGACCAGUACUCUGCUCCACAAGAGCGUGCACUGCUGCCUCAGUACACUCUGUGAUUGGUACAGUACAAAAACAAAGAAAUCCAACUCUGGUACUCCUGGAAAAAAGCGUAGUUCUCCUGUCAGAGAUGAUCCACAGCAGCCUCCUGUUGUAAUUAUUUUCAAAGAUUUGGAGGCUUUCAACCCAAGAGUUCUUCAGGACUUCAUACUCAUCUGCAGCCGGUACAUUGAACGUCUUCCGCUGAUGUUCAUCUUUGGUAUCGCCACAUCACCCAGCACCAUCCAACACAUGCUGCCCCACUCUGUGUCCUCCCUGCUGUGUAUAGAGCUCUUCCAGUCCCUGUCCUGUACACAACACCUGGCCACAGUCAUAGACAAGUUGAUCCUGACACCUCAGUUCCCCUUUAAGCUCAACAGCAAAGUGAUGCAGGUGCUGAUCAGCAUCUUCCUCUACCACGAUUUCUCAGUGAGAAACUUCAUCAAGGGCAUUCAGCUGGCCCUGCUGGAGCACUUUCACUUUCAGCCUCUCAGUGUACUGUGCUGCAAGAAGAAGGAGGCUCUUCUUAAUGUGAUGCAGCUCAGUCAUCGCGACUUGGAGAGGAUCAGGCAGCUGCCAUCGUUCAAGAGGUAUGUAGAGAAGCAGGAACCUCAGGAACAGGUGAAUCUGUUGACAGAUGACACUCAUUUAAAGGAGGUGUGUCAGAUACUGGUAAAGGACCUUCGGAAAUACCACAAGAACUAUUAUCCCGUCCUGAGGUGUCUCCACACUCUAACCUCAUCAUUACCUCGGUACCCCCUUGGAAAACAGAUCAGAGAACUCCAUUUAAUAUGUCUGGAGAAGAACGUAUGGGAGAAUGAGGAUUACCAGUCUGCCAUGAAGCUUCUGAAGAUGCUGGCUAAAGAGGAGCUGAUCGCUUUGUUACAGAUGUGUGCGGAGGUUCUGCAGCCCGUCAAGUCAAAGAAGAUGAAGAACGCUCUUGUCCAGCUGCAAGACCUGCUUGCCAAAUUCAAGCAGUUGGACACAGUAGCUGCUGAAACUCCCCCCUGUGUGGAAGACUGUAUCACCUCUCCAGUGAAAAAUUUUCAAAAGAAAACAGAUCUGUUCCAGCUGCAAAAGACGCUGCUGGAGAUGAACGAGUCUCGGAGAUCCAAGAAACUGAGUCCGUUUGAGGCUCUACGAAAUGACGCUCUUGAGUUUAUCGACAGCUUAGUGAAGAGUCACCUGUCUCCCCCAGAGUCUCAGACACUGAAUGAAGUUUGCUACUACAGUUCUUCUGCCACUGUGAGACACCACCUCAACGCAACACCUCGCACCUCCAUUCAGGCUGCACUCAGCAGUCCCUACUAUUAUCUUCAGAAUGACAGCCUAAAGACUGAGGAUGGGACUGUCUCUAAUGCUGCUCCUGAUAUCUGCAUUGUGUACAAACUCCAUCUGGAGUGUGGCAGGCUGAUUAACCUCUACGACUGGCUAGAAGCCUAUGCCACUGUGGUUUCUGCUGCUGAGGGUAAUGAUCCAGAAUCUGACACUUUCGGGAAAGUGGAGGAAGUCAAACAUGCUCGUUUCAUCCAAGCUGUGUCAGAGCUGGAAUUUCUGGGCUUCAUCAAGUCCACCAAGCAGAAGACUGACCAUGUGGCUCGACUCACCUGGGGAGGCUGCUGACAGUAGUCAUAAAGAAACCACACAUGCACUCCUUUACAUAUAUCUGUGGCCGCUGUCUCCCUUCAUUUAAGCUCUUAUCAAAUUUGACUUCAUAUUUUCUACUGUAUUUUUUCCCCUCUCUAAUAAAAUGUGAGUAGUGUCUGAUAA